GAUUGAUAGAUGGGGCGGUGCUUGAGCUUUGACUGUAGCCUUGCGUGGCAGCCGUUGCAAAGGAUUCUUGUAGGGGAAAGGGGUCAUGGCGGUGUCCGUGCCGGCUUUUUGGGCUGGGAUGAUGUUUCUGAGUUUGUUCCUGCGCGGUACCGAAAGCUCUCCGCGCAAGGCGGUGGCUGCUCGGCUAGCAGCGAAGUGGCAAGCGACCCCAUUGCUGCUGGAGGCAAGUGAAUUCAUUGCAGAAGAAAACAAUGAACACUUUUGGCAGUUUUUAGAAACAGUGAAAGAACUAUCAAUAUACAAGAAAGGAGUUUCUGAACAAUCUUAUUACAACUUAAUAUUGAAGAAAGCAGGACAGUUCCUGUCAGAUUUACAGAUUAAUCUGUUGAAGUUUUCUCUUUCCUUACGAGCCUACUCUCCAGCUAUUCAAAUGUUUCAGCAGAUUGCAGCUGAUGAGCCGCCUCCGAAAGGUUGCAGUGCAUUUGUGGUUAUCCAUGGGAAGAGCACCUGCAAGACUAAUGAAAUUAAGAAGCUUUUGAAGAAGGCUGCUGGAAGGCCCAAGCCGUAUCUGUUCAAAGGAGACCAUAAAUUCCCUACGCUCAGUGAGGCUGCCCCAAUAGUGAUCCUUUAUGCUGAAAUGGGUACAAAAGACUUUGCCACGUUUCACAAAGUUUUGUCUGAAAAAGCACAAAAGGAGGAAAUUGUUUACGUUCUCCGACACUUUAUCAAGAAGCCCGGCUCUGAGAAGAUGUAUUUGUCUGGAUAUGGUGUGGAACUUGCAAUAAAGAGUACAGAAUACAAAGCGGUGGAUGACUCUCAGACUAAAGCUACAAGUAAUGAAACAGGGAGAGAAGAUAAUGAGGAAAAUGAGGUCCAGGGAUUUCUCUUUGACACAUUGAAUCAGAACUAUCCUGACCUCAAAGACAAUUUGAAAGAGUUGAGAAAAUACUUGAUUGAAAGCACUGAUGAUACCGAGCCUUUGAAAGUCUGGGAAUUACAAGAUAUUAGUCUUCAAGCAGCUUCUCAAAUUCUCUCCGUCCCUGCUUAUACUGCAUUAAAAGUAAUGAAGGAUAUUGCACAGAAUUUCCCAGUAAAGGCCAGAUCCCUGACCAGAGUGCUGGUAAACCUGCAAAUGCGAAAAGAAAUAAAGGAAAACCAAAAGCAUUUACAAGAAACUUUGGAACUUAAGCCUGGUGAAGCACGUUUGUUCCUAAAUGGUCUUCAAAUAGACUUGGAUUUCCAUGAUCCAUUUAGCAUUUUAGAAACUUUGAAGCUGGAAGGGAAAGCAAUGCAUGGACUUCACUCCCUUGGAAUUAAAGGAGAUAUUCUUAAUAAAUUCAUAAGAUUACCUGUCCGUUCUGAAGAUAACACCUAUGCGUUAGACAUUCGCCACUCUUCAAUAAUAUGGGUCAAUAACCUAGAAAAGGAUAAUAUGUAUAAUAAGUGGCCUGCAAGUUUUCAAGAACUCCUUAAACCAGCAUAUGCAGGAAUGAUGGGACAGAUUCGGCGCAAUUUGUAUAACAUGGUCCUAUUUAUUGAUCCUCUCCAGGAAGAAGCGGCUCACUUCAUGAAACUUGUAGACGUAAUCUACAAUCAAAAAGUACCUCUUAGAAUUGGAUUUGUUUUCAUCUUAAAUACUGAUGAAGAAGUUGAUGGAAAUGAGGAUGCAGGAGUAGCUUUAUGGCGAACUUUUAACUACAUUGCAGAUGAAAUGGACGUCCCAGAAGCUUUUGCUUCCAUAAUAAACAUGUACCGUGAAGUAAAAGAUAGAGGGGUACUUUCUGUGGAGCAUGUGAAGCGUGUUCUUCGCAGUAAAUUUCCUCAUGCUGACAUGCAGGAGAUCCUUGGCAUUCACUCUGACUAUGAUGAGAAGAGAAAGGCAGGAGCAGUGUUUUAUCAGAAGACUGGCUUAGGGCCAUUGCCGCAAGCUCUUUUUAAUGGAGUGCCCUUUAACAGGAAAGAGAUGAAUGUUGCAGAGCUCGGGACCUCUCUGCACAAGAUCAUGGAUGCCACAGAGUCCUUCCAGCGGGCAGUGUUCAUGGGCUUGCUGAAUGAUCAUAAAGAUGCAGUAGACUUCAUCAUGGAGCAACAGAAUGUGGUUUCACAUAUACAUGACAAAAUUCUUGAUGCUGACAAAAGGUAUCUGAACUUCAUAUCUCCAUCAGUUCCUCUAGAUGUAAAUGAUUUUUCGACCUUCUCCUUCUUGGACUCUCCAGAUAAGACGAUUUUUGUUUCUGAAAACAUGAAGUAUGUGUCAAAGAAAGAGGAAGAUGUAAUAUAUCCAGUCACCAUGUGGAUUGUUGCUGAUUAUGAUAAGCCGGAUGGGAGGCAAUUGCUUGCCAAUGCAUUAAAACACCUGAAAACCAGCAGUCACAUGCGGCUUGGAAUUGUGAAUAAUCCGGUGUCAAAAAUAACUGAAGAUAACACUGUCAUUGCAAGGGCAAUCCUGGCAGCUUUUCUAACCCAGAAAAAUGGUAGUUUGAGAAACUUUCUCAUUCGAAUUGUGAAGGAGGAGACAGCAAAGACUCUUGCUGCAGGAACUAAAAUCAAGAAGCUGCUUGUUUCGGGCAUGGAUGAUGAUUCUUUUGAGAAGAAAUACAACACGCUGGGGGUAGAUAUAAUUAAAGUUCACCAGAUGUUUUGUCAAGAGGUUCUUAAGCUGCUUCCUGGGCAAAUGGCUGUUGUGAGCAAUGGCAGGGUAAUAGGCCCUGUACAUGAAAAUGAAUUAAAUGCAGAAGAUUUCGACUUGCUGGAGAAGGUAACGCUAAGUGCAGUGGCAGCAAAGGUUAAAGCACUUGUCAAGGAAAUGGCUGUUGGCAGUAAACGUGGCAGUGAUUUAGUAAUGAAAGUCGACGCACUUCUUUCUUCAUUGCCAAAAAGAGAGGUUUACCGAGAUGUUGAAUUUCUCAAAGACCAACACAGUGUCCUAAAGUUAGAGCCACAGGAAAAUGAACCUUUCUUUGACGUUGUUGGUCUUGUAGAUCCACUGACAAGAGAAGCACAAAAGCUGUCACAUCUGCUGAUUGUACUUGGUCAGGUUGUCAACAUGAAGGUGAGGCUGUUCAUGAACUGUAGAUUCAAGCUGUCGGAAGUACCUUUGAAGAGUUUUUACCGUUUUGUUUUGGAGCCAGAACUUGCUUCUGGGACCAAUAAUAUCUUUCCUCUUGCACCUGGUGCAAGCUUCCUUGAAAUGCCAGAGUCCCCUCUUCUGACUCUAAACAUGAUCACUCCAGAAAGUUGGUUGGUUGAAGCAGUGAACAGUUCAUAUGACCUUGAUAACCUUCAUUUAAAGGAUGUAGAGGGGGUUGUUUCAGCAGAAUAUGAAUUGGAGUAUUUGUUGCUGGAAGGACAGUGUUUUGACGUGGCCACUAGACAGCCACCUCGUGGAUUACAGUUUACUCUGGGAACGAAGAAUAAUCCUGUGAACGUUGAUACCAUUGUGAUGGCAAACCUGGGGUAUUUUCAGUUAAAAGCAAAUCCAGGUGUUUGGAUUUUGAGAUUACGUGAAGGAAGAUCUGAAGACAUCUACGAAAUAUAUAAGCUUGAGGGGGCUGAUUCUUCCAAAGUUCUAGAAGAUGCUUUUGUCGUAUUAAAUAGUUUCAGAAGCAAAAUAAUCAAAAUUCAAGUACAGAAAAAACCUGAUGAAAUUAAUGAAGAUCUCCUGAGUGAUGGGCUAGCAGAAGAAGAGGGGGAUGUUGUUCCAAGCUCUACAGGUGAAGUUCAAAUAGAAGGAAGGGAGAAGAAACUGGAUUCUUUAAACAUAUUUUCUGUUGCUUCUGGCCAUUUAUAUGAACGCUUUUUAAGAAUCAUGAUGCUCUCAGUCCUGCGCCACACCAAAACCCCAGUUAAAUUUUGGUUUCUGAAGAACUAUCUGUCACCUACAUUUAAAGAGGUUAUUCCUUACAUGGCAGAAAAAUAUGGUUUCCAGUAUGAACUUGUGCAGUACAAAUGGCCCCGCUGGCUUCAUCAACAGACAGAAAAGCAACGAAUCAUCUGGGGUUACAAAAUUCUUUUCCUGGAUGUUCUUUUCCCAUUGGCUGUGGACAAAAUAAUAUUUGUUGAUGCUGAUCAGAUUGUAAGAAGUGACCUGAAGGAACUCAGAGAUAUAAAUCUGAAAGGAGCACCUUAUGGUUACACUCCCUUCUGUGAUAGUCGUACAGAAAUGGAUGGCUACCGUUUUUGGAAGUCAGGUUAUUGGGCAUCUCAUCUUGGAAAAAGGAAAUACCAUAUCAGUGCUUUAUAUGUCGUGGACCUGAAGAGGUUCCGAAAAAUUGCUGCAGGAGACCGGCUUAGAGGUCAAUACCAAGCGCUAAGUCAGGACCCAAACAGUCUAUCCAAUUUAGAUCAGGAUCUUCCAAAUAACAUGAUUCACCAAGUGGCCAUUAAGUCUCUCCCUCAAGAGUGGCUGUGGUGUGAAACCUGGUGUAAUGAUGAAUCCAAGAAAAAGGCUAAAACCAUUGAUCUGUGUAACAAUCCAAAAACCAAAGAACCUAAAUUAGAAGCUGCUAUCAGGAUAGUUCCUGAAUGGACAGAGUAUGACUCUGAAAUACAGACACUAAUAAAUCAACUCAGAAAAGACAAACAUGUGAUCCAGCCAUCUCAAAAAGAUUCCAAACACGAUGAAUUAUAGCACUGUUUGGGAAUUGCUGUGAUGGCUCACUACUCUGCUACUGUUGCAGUCUUGAGGGAGAAUGCUUUCUUUCAUGGAUGUAAAUACUACAGAGACUCUCUAUUUUUAAAAUUCAGGAAUGUGCAAUUUUUAAACAACUUACAUUGACACCUGUUGUACCUGGAGUGAGAGGAAUAGAGUGGAAAGGAAGCUCAGUAAAUGGUGAUUGUACUGUUUGUCAAUUAGUCUGAUGGGUAUCUUGUUUCUAUUGUGUUUACAUGGAUUGUGCAUAUUCCGGUACUACAUUCCCUAAGUGCGCACUAGGGAUGUGCACAAAUCGAUUUUUUGGAUUCGAUUUGUACCCAAAACAAAUCACCCCUGAUUGUCCAAAUCCACCAAAGAAUCCAAACACUUGAAAAAUAGUGACCACACAUUUUGCUCCAUAACUCCACUUCUGCAAGGGCUAGAGCGUAGCUUUUUUUAAAAAUGAAAGCUGGGAAACCAGGGGAAUUAAUAGGAGGGAUCCAGAUCUUGAAUCAAUUCGAGUCGGGCAUGAUUCAAUUUGUACCCAAAUCUAGCCAAUGGACCACAGGGGUGAUUUGUCUCCAAAUCACCCGAAUCAGCUAGAUUCAGGUACAAAUCGAUUUGAAUCCGAAUCAGUUUGCACAUCCCUAGUGCGCACACAGCACAUAUUUCAUAUAAAACAAAACCUUGACUGGAAGACACAUGAGUAGAAGCGUGUAGGUUUGUGUGAGAUCAUGUCAAAGUACCUGGCUGUAGUAAACAAACCAUAUGCCCCAUACGAUACUUUUUAUUUACUUAAAAGAUUUCUAUCCCCAUUUUCAGCAGAAGCAUCCAAGGUGACUGACUUAAGACAACACUUGAGCAUUUUUAUUGAUUUUUUUUCCUGUCAAGCAUGCAGGUUUCUUCAUCAUGCAUAAUGUAACCUUUACCGAAGGAAGAACUCUACUCUUGAUUUACGAAUCAGUUAAUUGACUGUUUCAUUCACAGUGCAUGAAGUGCUGAGGAUUAAGGGCUUGGGUUAAGCUUGCUAACUCUGCUAAUCCUCUAUAAUAAAAUGCUUAGGUGUGAUCCCGUGUCUCUGCGCCUGUGUCUUCCUUGGCUGUUCUGGGCAUGCGCAGAGCGCAUGCCCAAAAUGUCAGAGAAAGACACGGCCACAGAGACACGGCGGCCAUGUUGAGGAGGGCAGAGGCGGCCGAAGAACGGGCUACGGGGAGGGCAGAGGCGGCAGCUGGGGGACCAGGAGGGCAGAGGGGGCAGCGGGGGUCCGGUUCAUCAUCACUGAGGUGUUGGGGGUCCACGGGGAGGGGAAAAACAGCCGCAGGAAGGGGAAGGGAGAAAUGGCGGCAGGUCUGGCCCGCCCGCCGAAAAGGACAGAGGCGGCAGUGGGUCGGCAGGCGGCACUCUUGGCUGCUGCGGCGGAAUUCUCAGCCCACCCAGAAGGCCAAAGGCGGGCGGCGGGCGGCACUCUUGGCGGCGGCGGCAGAACUUUCCACCCGGCCGGGAGGCCAGAAGCAGCGUCGGGUCCGGCAGAGGCAGCAGUGGCACAGAUCAGUUGAGUGCGGAGACUAGCGCCCGUUAUUUUAACAGGCUGAAAAAUACUAGUGAAUGAAUAAGUUGCAAGCUAGUCAUACUCAAAACUUCAGGUUUCCCUCUGUGGUCAUUAGUAGAUGUUACAGAAGAUGUGGGGUUACCAUCAAAAACAGAAGUCCUGCAUAUCAUUCUCUCCCUCUCCUCAGUAUUGCAAAACAUGGUGACCUAUCAUUGCACACAGUUUCCACAGUGAAGUGGUAAAGGAAACUGAGUGCAGUGAUAUGCCAUAGGUUCUGCACUGCUAAAUGUUACCAGGGGAGAAGGGGUUGCUGUAUUGGCUUAAUGUCCUCUGUAAUGUCAGCCUCUGGCCUAUAAAAUUGAAGGUUUAACUACAUUUCUUGGCAAAGGCAUCAAUCUUCUGAUUUCUCUACAAUUCAUAAAGGCAACUGCCUGGUUCUAAAAACUGAGAAGAAAUACUGGGGGGACGACACUGGAUAUCCAUCUAUAACUUGUUUUCUAUACCAGUCAUAAAACUAGCAUGUUUCUCUUGACCAUGUGACCUUUUUCAUUCUCCCAUAUACUCCCGAAUUUGGCAUUAUAUGGCUGUGCUGCUUCUGAGCCCUAAAAAUGCUGGCCCACAUGUUGCACAGCGUUAGGAGGGCAGAGCAAGAGCAGCACCAUCUCAGAGGGCCGCUGCACAGCUCAGUCAAAACAGCUGAGCACACACAGAGAGAGAGAGAGGAUGGGAAUGAUUUCCACUGCUCUCCCCUCUCUCUAAACUGUUUUGGCUCCCAGAAAUAUAUGUCUGCCAACUGUGUUUCUAGAAAGCAACAAAUACUUUUGGAGGGAGGGAAAUACAGCAAAAAUCACUUUCCCCUCUGUGUGCACUUAGGGCAAGCCUUUGGCUGAGCUUUGUAACAGCUUCUCUCUGAGGAUGCCACUCUUGCAGAAUAUGUGGACCACUAUUCUGUCUAUAAUGCCAUCAGGCUAGUGAAAUGUAUUAGCUACAGUAAUUUGGUGCCGUUUGCAAACACGGCCAUCUCAUUAUUCACCUUCUCUCAGGAUAAUUUAUAGAUGUGUUUAAAAGCAGCAGUCCUUGUGGGACUUCACUGCUUAGCUUCAUUAUGAAAACUAUUGUGUUAACCUUUUUGCAGACUAUAGAAGAAGCUUUCCUACUGCUCCAGUAGUGUGUUUGCAUUUCUUCAAGACUUUGUUGAGUAACUGUAUUGUCUUUGUUUUAAAUAAACAGCAGCUGUCUUGGUGGUAGAACAAAUGAAGUCUAAUAGAGAAGAAUUCUACAGUGAGACACCUUCUUCCUCAGUCCAUUUUGCUCCUUUGGGUACAACAAGCUCAGUCUGUUUAAAUUCUUUCCUCAGUAAAUUGUUGCAUGCAUCAAUUUAUCAUUUCUGGAUUCUCCAGAUCUUUUGAGGUGGUGACUUUUUAUAACACUGUAACACAUCCAAAAGCUCUUCCUGUCUGUCUAGUUUAAGCAGGCUCGCACCAGACCAAGCUAGAUGUUAACAAUAAACAGGGGCUUGCCAUUUAAAGUC